AAAAGGGUACUCCAUUUGUAGUAGUGAAAGGUUGAAGGCCUUGUGUUUUCUUCUACAUAUGGCCUUAUAAAUAUUGUGCUGCCCAAUACAAAACGCUGACAUCUUUCCAGCUACGAAAUAGGAGCAGUCCCAAAAACAUUUAGAAUACACACACACAUUCAUUCACUUCUCUUUCUCUUCUAAUUUAAACCCCUUCCUUCUUUCUCAUUUCUUUCACCACUACCACCAAGUAUUAUACUACUACCUACCACUUCUCACGGCGGCGCGUGGUUGAAAAAUGAGUCUAACAAUCACUGAUAGUCUCUAUUACUGGCUUGUAAACCACCCAAAAAUCCUCAAUUUCUCAUGGUCUCAAGGUGAAACCUUGGGUUCUUCUCCACUUUUCCUCACUGUCACUGUCAUCUCUUACCUCUCCCUCACCUUCCUCCUCUCCAACCUCUCUCUUCCUCCCCUCCCUCCCACCAUUCUCAAACGAAUCUCAGUCGUUCAUAACCUUAUCCUCCUUGCUCUCUCCUUCACAAUGGCCCUGGGAUGCACACUCUCCACUUUCUCCCACGCACCUCACCUUCAUUACAUUCUUUGUCUUCCCCUAAAAACCCCUCCACGUGGCCCUCUCUUCUUCUGGGCCUACAUCUUCUACCUUUCCAAGAUCGUGGAAUUCAUCGAUACCUUCUUGAUCAUCUUGAGUGGGUCGACCAAACGGCUGACAUUCCUCCAUGUGUACCACCACGCAACGGUUGUGAUUAUGUGUUACUUAUGGCUUCAUUCGUCGCAGUCGUUGUUUCCGUUGGUAUUAGUAACAAACUCGUCGGUUCAUGUGUUGAUGUACACAUAUUACUUGUCGUGUGCACUUGGGAUUAGGCCAAGAUGGAAGAGGCUUGUGACAGAGUGUCAGAUUGUGCAGUUUCAGUUUAGCUUCGUGGUGUUGGCUUUGAUGCUAUAUUUUCAUGUCACACAUAAAGGGACGGGAUGUGCUGGUGUUUGGGGAUGGUGCUUUAAUGUCGUAUUUUACUCGUCGCUUCUGGCUUUGUUCUCGGAUUUUCAUGCUAAGAACUAUGGCGCAAAUGGAAAGAUGACGGCUCCUAAAAAGGUGGCGUGAAAACGAAAGAAAAACAACCAUUACUUUUUCAGUCCAUCUCUUACGUUCUUCAUUUGGGAUUUGUGAGUUUAAAUUAUUCUUCAGAAACACUAUAUAUAUAUUUAUAUCACUUCUACGUUGUUCAUGAGGAUGAUGACGAUCUGAUGAUUCAAGAUGUUUGGUAAGUGAUAGUUUAUUUAAUAUGUUGAACUAAUAUUGCAUGGUGGUCAAGGGUCAUAUUUCAAUCA